AUUGUUUUGCUGAAGUCUGAAAUUAUUUUAACGCUCCAUCAUGCUUUGUUAUAUGUGUGGACGUUUCUUCAAAAAUAAAUACACUCUUGCGCGACAUGAACUCGCAUCCUCAUGUCGUAGAAGUUUCAAUACGGCCGUUAAUUUGUCUUGUUCGAAAUGUGGAAGAAAAUUCAUUCGUCGAGACAAUUUAUUAAGACAUGAACGAAAAAUUUGCCGUACUUCUAUAGAACAUCGAACAUUGCCCGAAUAUAUGGACACAGAGACCUUCAACAAAAUGUCAAGCGAGAUAUGUUGGUCAUGUGGAAAACUUACCAAAAGAGAUAGUGAAGAAUCAUAUAAUGAAUGCAAAUGCAACAGAGACAAUAUUCAUGAAGCGCAUUGUGAUACUGAAAAGGAAGAAAGUGAAAUGGCCGAAAUAUUUGCAUGUUUAUGCGGAUAUUGUGGUUCAUCGUUUGCCAACGUCUACACAUGUAUAAGACAUGAAGAAGAGUGCAUAGAAAACUUCCUGGAAGAAAGGUCCUAUAGAUGUAGUAAAUGCGGACAUGCUUUCUUCCAAUCGAAUAAGCGCGAAGAACGUGAAAAGCAAUGCCAAAAUUUAUUUUUAAUGUCAUGUGGCAAAGAAUGCAAUGGUGUUUUCCAUAGUUUCCACAAUCUAAAAAGACAUGAAGGAUUCUGUGGAAAAAACAAAAAUAAAAGACUAAAAGGUGAGCCUAAUAAAGCUUCUCUGUUGGCCGACCGUGGCACCGAGUAUGAAACAGCAUGUGAGGGUAGCCUGAAAUCUUACUUUUUACGAUCACGUUUCAAUAAUGAUAUUAAUUUAUUUUUAAAUGAUAUUAAAGAAACAAUAUGUAUGCAUAUACAAAAUGCAUUACAAAUAUUUAAGUCAUUAAAAGUUAAUUUCGUGUUGGAAUGUGUAUUCCAAAAUUCAGUACACGAUAUUUGUGACAGAUCAUUUAAAACACGAAACGUUGAAGUAUACAUCACUAGUGAUCUAGAUUCGUUUCUCAAUGUAGCAUUUAAUAAACUAAAGAGAGAAUUGGAAGAAGCCGAAAUGAAAAAAAGUGGGUGGUUUUUGGAAGCGAUAGACGGUUUGAGAAUUAAAAUUAAUAAAUUCAACCCCCUGCGAUGUAAUAGCUAUUUACCGUUGCCGAAGAAAAUCAAUAAUAGAAAAGCAUGCAUAAACGUUCAAAACUCUGAUUCACUCUGUUUUAAAUAUGCCAUCCUAGCGAAAUUAGUCCGCAAAAACCCUCACAGGGUUAAUAACUAUAAAAACCUAUCACACGGUUAUAAUUUUGAUUGCGUGGAAUAUCCCGUCCACAUCAAAGAUGUAUCAUUGUUUGAAAAAAUUAAUCACAUAAGUAUAAAUAUAUUUGGAAUCAAUGAUAAAUCAGAUGUGUAUCCUAUAAAAAUUGUUGACGAAGAAUUGGAAGAUCAUAGGGAUCUGUUAGUCAUUUCUAACAGUGAAGGGACAAAUCAUUAUGUGUUUAUAACGAAUUUUGAAAGGUUGGUGUCCUCUCAAAUUUCCAACCAUAAAUCGAAAAUAUUCAUUUGCAAGCGCUGUUUUCAUCACUGCCCGAAUAAAGAAAAAUUCAACGGUCAGAAUUUUUAGGGUCAUCCUUCCACAAGACAUAGAAUUUGUUGAAUUCAAAAACGUGGAAAGGGUGUACAAACUUCCAUAUGUUGUAUAUGCCGAUUUCGAAUGUAUUCUCAAGCCAAUAUCCGAUUGUCAACCGAAUCCCAAUUAUCGAUACACACGUAUGUGGAACAAACACUCACUAAUGAGCUUUUGUGUAUAUUUGAAAAUUUCGGAAGAAGUAAAAAAUGAAAGUAAUGAUUUACCACACUGUCCAUACCUAUACAGAGGUCCGAAUGCCGGGGAACAUUUUAUGAAAUACAUUUAUGAUUUGGCUGUUAAGGUAGGAGACAUCUGCAAAAAUCAGAAAACUAUGAUACCCCCUACUCCUGAGGAACUGCUAGCCGCUCAAAAUUCUAAUGUUUGUUGCGUUUGCGGUAAACAAAUUGAAACGUCUGACGUAUCAGUCUGUGAUCACAAUCACAUAACGGGUCGUUUCAGGGGUAUUGCCCAUAAAAAUUGUAAUUUAAGAGCAGUUGUACCAAAUUUCCUUCCAGUGAUCAUUCACAAUUUGAGCGGUUAUGAUAGUCAUUUUAUA